UUUCUACAAUGGACGGCAGGGAGCUAGAAUUCUCUAGCCAAGAAGUGUUGUCAAGUUCUACUUUUGGUGAAAUUCCAGAAUCUAGCCCCACGAACAAGCGUUUCAAUGAAAUUCUCACGGAUGUGCAUGCUUGUAUUCAUGCCCACACUUGCAAUCCACCUGGUCCUGAUAACUCACACACACACACUUGUUACCAUGUUCACACCAAGGUUGUUACACCCCCAUGUGACGAUACUACUGCAGAGUCGACAGCAGCAAAUGUAGGAAAGAAACGCCCUUUGAGUAAUAAGGAAGCAGUUCGCAAGUACUGUGAGAAGAAAAAGGCUCGGGUUGCAUCAUUAGAGGAUGAGGUAGUCAGGCUAAGGGAUAUAAAUCAGCAAUUGUUGAACAGGCUGCAGGGUCAAGCUGUCUUGGAAGCUGAGGUUUCCAGGCUCAAGUGCUUGCUCGUGGACAUCCGAGGAAGGAUUGCAGGUGAAAUUGGAUCAUUUCCGUAUCAGAAGCCAAUGGAGGGAACAGAUGUAUAUCAGAACCUUCGUGGAACUUAUGUGAUGAACCCUUGCAACCUACAAUGUGUUGAUCAGGUUUAUUGCCUCCAACCGAACUCGGAGGAGUCAAAUGGACAAGGCCUUAAUAGUUGUGGACUUGAGACUCUUCAGUGUUCGGGUAGUCAGGGACUUGAGGAAGUUCCUGGAUGUGCAUUGGGCUAUGGUACUCCUACGGCCAACGCUUCUCGUGGGAAUAAGAGAAAGAGAACAGGAAAGAAAUGUGCAGCAAUGGCAAGCCAGUGAACUGCUAGCUUCAGAAGGUCUUGAGUACAUUGUAUUAGGUUUCUACUCCGUCUUUUGGGGUUCUUUCCGGUAUCUCAUCAUUGCUGAGUUCAAUUUUGCAAUAUUUCACUGCCCUGCUUCGAGUUGGCAGCCUAAGUUGUUGUUUUGGAUUUUUCAGUUAUUCGUUAUUUAGAAUAUUGGAUUUGGCUAGUGGACAUGCUUAAAUGGAGCGACAUCACAUAGACAUAGUGAAUUUAUAUAGCGAACCUCAACUUGCUUGAUUGUGGUAUAAUUGUGUUGUUAUAAUGGAUUGAGCUUUUAGACAUGAAGAUGAGACCAAGAUUUGUUAAGAUCUUGGAAGCUUUGUU